AUGUCCGAAGAAAAUAUCCAAUACCCCGUCCCCCCCAGACUCCUCGACCCCGCUCAAUGCCCCGAGCCCUACGUCAAGUCCUAUGCCCAGUACAAGGAGAUGCACCGUCAGAGUAUCGAGAACCCUAACGAGUUCUUUGGCAAGAUGGCGACCGAGUUGCUCUCCUGGUCAAAGCCCUUCCACACCGUCCAGCACGGCGGACUCGACCACGGUGACACCGCCUGGUUCCUCGACGGCCAAUUGAACGCAUCCUACAACUGUGUCGAUCGCCAUGCCCUCGCCAACCCCGACAAGAUCGCUAUUAUUUACGAAGCAGACGAGCCCAACCAAUCUGAGAACAUCACAUACGGCGAGCUCCUCCGCAAGGUCUGCCAGCUGGCCGGAGCCCUCCGCGCCCGCGGAAUCAAGAAGGGCGACACCGUCGCCAUCUACAUGCCCAUGAUCCCCGAGGCUGUCGUUUCCUUCCUCGCCUGUGCCCGUAUCGGUGCCUUGCACAGUGUCGUCUUUGCCGGUUUCUCGGCUGAAGCCCUCCGUGACCGUGUCCAGGACGCUGAGUGCCGUCUUGUCAUUACUUCGGACCAGGGUAAACGUGGUGGCAAGUCGAUUGAGACAAAGAAGAUUGUUGAUGAGGCUCUCAAGUCUUGCCCCACGGUUGAGACCGUCAUUGUCUGCCAGCGUACUGGUGCCGAGGUCCCCAUGAAGGAAGGACGGGAUUACUGGUGGGGAGAGGAGUGCUCCAAGAGGAUGAAUUACCUCACCCCUGAGCCUAUGAACUCGGAGGACCCCUUGUUCUUGCUUUACACUUCUGGAUCGACGGGUCAGCCCAAGGGAGUCAUGCAUACUACCGCGGGAUACUUGCUCGGCGCUGCCGCGACGGUCAAGUAUGUCUUUGAUUAUCACCCUGGCGACAUCUUUGCCUGCAUGGCCGACGUCGGUUGGAUCACUGGACACUCUUACAUCGUCUAUGGACCCCUCACCCUCGGUGCCACCACCGUCCUCUUCGAGUCCAUCCCCACAUACCCAACCCCUGCCCGCUACUGGGAGCUCAUCGCAAAACACAAGGUCACCCAAUUCUAUACCGCCCCAACCGCCAUCCGCGCUCUCCGUCGUCUCGGCGACCAGUGGGUCGAAGGCCACGACCUCUCCUCCCUCCGCGUCUUGGGUACCGUCGGAGAACCCAUCAACCCCGAAGCCUGGCACUGGUACAACGACAAGGUCGGAAAGGGCCGUUGCGCAAUCGUCGACACCUACUGGCAAACCGAGACCGGUUGCCAUAUCAUCACCCCUCUCCCUGGAGCGAUCGCCACAAAGCCCGGAUCUGCUACCGUCCCCUUCUUUGGAAUCGACAUCGCCAUCCUCGACCCCGUCACCGGUAAAGAACUCGAGGGCAACGACGUCACGGGUGUCUUGGCCGUCAAGAAGGCUUGGCCUUCCAUUGCUCGCACAGUCUACGGAAACCACCACCGUUACCUCGAGACCUACCUGAAGCCCUACCCAGGUUUCUACUUCACCGGCGACGGUGCCACCCGCGACAAGGACGGCUACAUCUGGAUUCGCGGCCGCGUCGACGAUGUCAUCAACGUCUCGGGACAUCGCCUCUCCACCGCCGAGAUCGAAUCCGCCCUCAUCAUGCACCAAGCCGUCGCCGAGACCGCCGUCAUCGGAGCCGCCGACGAAGUUACGGGACAAUGUAUCCAUGCCUUCGUCUGCUUGAAGCCCGGCGUCUCGAACCAUUCCACCGACUUGUCAAAGGAGUUGGUCUUACAGGUUAGGAAGGUGAUUGGUCCCUUCGCAGCCCCCAAGAAGAUCUACCUGGUCGAGGAUUUGCCAAAGACGAGAUCUGGCAAGUUGAUGAGGAGGAUCUUGAGAAAGAUUAUUGCGGGCGAGGAGGAUUCUUUGGGCGAUAUCUCAACUUUGGCGGAUCCUAGUGUUGUUGAGGUCUUGAUCGCCAAGGUCGCCAACGCAUAA